CAGUUACAGGAAAAAGAAAGACUAGCUUUGAGCACCCUCAAUUUCUCCUGGCUAGAUUCUCUCAUUAUUUUCGGCCGUUCUGCUUUUGUUUGUUUUUAAUAGCAGUAACUACAAAUUAGUCGCAAAUGGAACCACGGAUGGACCUUAACGACGAAUUAUUGACCUCCGACGGUCACCACCGCCCCGAUGAUUCAUCCGUCCAUACGCCUAAAGUCUUCGAUCGAUACUUCUCCUCAUCGUCGUCUUCUUCUGACGACGAAUCUCAACUUUCCAAUUCUUCCAUGGCAGCCACAAGCAAACGCCUUGAUUACAUGAUCCAAUUCUUGGACCGCAAGCUCUCCACUUCGUCAUACAGUAACCGCAAUAAUAGUGUUGCCGAUCCUGCAGAUAAUGACGAUUAUAACUCUAACAGAAACAAGUCUUCUGCUUUGCCAGAAUUCAUAGGGAAAGGAGGCGGAACUGGAAUUUUUAGACUUCCUGUUCGAGGAGCUGUCCACCCCGGCCGCCCACCUUGUCUCGAGGUUCGACCCCAUCCCUUGAGGGAAUCCCAAAUCGGUUGUUCUUUGAGAACCCUUACAACUACGGAGACCCAAUUAUGGACCGGGAGCGACAACGGGGCCGUUCAGGUGUGGCAAUUCAAGGAUUUAUACGGAGGAUGUGGAGACUCUGCGCCGCAUAAGGAAUCUGUGGCGCUUGGGUCGGGGGUAAUGUGUGUGGUCGGGGACGAGGGUAGUAGGGUGGUUUGGAGCGGGCACAGAGACGGGAAGGUUAGGUGCUGGAAGAUGGAUUUCUGUUCGGAUCGAUUCAGGGAAGUCUUGUCUUGGGUUGCUCAUAGUGGGCCUAUUCUGACCAUGAUCAUCACUAAAUAUGGGGAUUUAUGGUCAGGUGCAGAAGGUGGUGCCCUCAAGAUAUGGCCAUGGGAAGCUAUUGAGAAAUCUUUUUCUUUUACAGAGGAAGAAAGACACAUGGCUGCCUUGUUAGUAGAGAGGUCAUAUGUCGACCCUAGAAGCCAAGUCACUGUAAACGGCUUCUGCAACUUGCCAAAUUCUGAUAUUAGAUACUUGCUAUCUGAUAAUUCCAGAGCAAAAGUAUGGAGUGCUGGUUAUUUGUCAUUUGCAUUGUGGGAUGCUCAUACACGGGAGUUGCUGAAAGUAUUUAAUAUAGAUGGUCAGAUUGAAAGAAUGGACAUGUCAUUAGGGCACGACUUUACCUUUGAAGACGAGGUCAAGAUGAAAAUUGUUGCUGGUCCAAAGAAGGACAAGAUUCAAAGUUCUUUUGGUUUCUUUCAACGUUCACGUAAUGCUAUAAUGGGAGCAGCUGAUGCUGUUCGUCGAGUUGCUGCAAAAGGUGGAUUUGUAGAUGAUAGCCGGAGAACUGAGGCAUUGAUUGUAACCAUUGAUGGAAUGAUUUGGACUGGUUGUGCAAAUGGCUUACUUGUGCAGUGGGAUGGAAAUGGUAAUCGUUUGCAAGAUUUCCGGUACCACUCUUCUGCUGUUCAAUGCUUUUGUACGUUUGGCUUGCGUAUAUGGGUGGGUUAUGCUAGCGGUACCAUCCAGGUCUUGGACUUGGAGGGUAACUUAGUUGGAGGUUGGGUGGCUCACAGCAGUCCCAUAAUAAAGAUGGCUGUUGGGGAUGGUUAUGUUUUCACCCUGGCUAACCAUGGUGGUAUACGUGGAUGGAGUGUCUUGUCUCCUGGACCUGUGGACAAUGUGUUGCGUUCGGAACUAGCUGGCAAAGAUUUUGUGUAUACAAGGAUAGAGAACCUGAAAAUAUUAGCUGGUACAUGGAAUGUAGCUCAAGGAAGAACAUCUCGUGACUCACUUAUUUCUUGGCUAGGUUCUGCUGCUGGGGAUGUUGGUAUUGUUGUUGUUGGGUUGCAAGAAGUUGAAAUGGGUGCUGGUGUUCUAGCAAUGUCUGCAGCAAAAGAAACUGUAGGACUUGAGGGUAGUUCAGUUGGGCAGUGGUGGCUGGAUAUGAUUGACAAAACGUUGGAUGAAGGGUCAACAUUUGAUCGUGUUGGUUCUCGGCAGUUAGCUGGGUUACUCAUCGCUGUAUGGGUUAGAAACAAUCUUAAAGCUCACGUUGGUGAUGUUGAUGCUGCUGCAGUUCCAUGUGGCUUUGGGCGUGCAAUAGGUAAUAAGGGAGCUGUUGGUUUGAGGAUCAGAGUAUAUAAUCGGAUAAUGUGCUUCGUAAAUUGCCACUUUGCAGCACAUUUGGAGGCAGUUAAUCGUCGUAAUGCUGACUUUGACCAUGUAUAUCGAACGAUGACUUUUGGUCGACCUUCUAAUCUCUUCAAUGCUGCAGCUGGUAUGGUGCCAUACCUGUUCUUGUCUUGUUCACUUGCCUGCUCAUUGUAUAUAUGUUGGCUUGUUUAUAGAUCUGGCUUGCCAUUGCUCCUUUGUAUUGCAGCUGGUUCUUCAUCAGUAGUCCAGAUGCUUCGUACUACAAAUGUUAUGGGUGCCAAUACGGCAGAAGGAAUGCCGGAGUUAUCUGAGGCAGACAUGGUCAUAUUUCUUGGUGACUUCAAUUAUCGGCUUGAUGGUAUAUCUUAUGAUGAAGCAAGGGACUUCAUUUCUCAAAGAUGCUUUGAUUGGCUUAGAGAAAGGGAUCAGCUGCGUGCAGAAAUGGAAGCUGGGAAUGUCUUCCAAGGAAUGCGGGAAGCGGUUAUUAGAUUUCCUCCGACAUACAAGUUUGACAAGCAUCAACCCGGUUUAGCUGGUUAUGAUUCAGGUGAAAAAAAGCGUGUUCCGGCAUGGUGUGAUAGAAUACUUUACCGGGAUAGCCAGACCAACUCGUCAUCUCUGGGGUCAGAAUGCAAUUUAGAAUGUCCUGUUGUCUCUCUGAUAUCACAGUAUGAUGCUUGUAUGGAUGUCACUGAUAGUGAUCACAAGCCUGUGCGUUGCAUAUUUAGUGUUGAUAUUGCACGAGUUGAUGAGUCAGUUAGGAGACGAGAGUUUGGGGACAUAAUGAAAUCAAACGAGGAAAUUAGACACAGGCUCAAAGAGCAAUCUGAGAUUCCAGAAACUAUUGUCAGCACAAACAAUAUAAUCCUUCAAAACCAGGAUACAACCAUUUUGCGUAUCACAAAUAAAUGUGGGAAAAAUAAUGCUCUAUUUGAAAUCAUCUGUGAAGGUCAAUCUACAAUUAAUGAAGAUGGACAAGCAUCGGAUCAUCAUCCAAGAGGUUCCUUUGGCUUUCCACGAUGGCUUCAGGUCAUUCCAGCAGCUGGUGUAAUUAAACCAGAUCAUGUUGCAGAGAUAUCUGUUCGUCUUGAAGAUUUUCCUACCAUUGAAGAGUUUGUUGAUGGUGUUGCUCAAAAUUCAUGGUGUGAGGACACCAGAGACAAGGAAGCUAUAUUGGUGAUCAAAGUGUAUGGAACAAACAACACAACUGACUCAAGAAAUCAUCGCAUCCGUGUGCGCCACUGCUGUUCAUCGCGGACAGUAAGGAUGUACCCAAAAGGCAACCACUCUAGGCAAGUCCAAGGAAAUCUUCUCCACCGAUCUGAUUAUCAACAACUAAGUAGUUCCUAUGAUGUGGUUGACCACCUGCAUAAUUUGCGUAGUCCUUGAUUCAAAAAACGACAUGGAGUGGUUUGAUGGUAAACACUGCGUGAAAAAUUAUGUUAUCCCUACUCAACCAUAGGGAUUAUAACAAUGGACUGUCGAACAAGCAUCUUGAUUCAAGAGAGGAGCCAUGUUGUGCCAUUUGCUUUCACUGAGUUCAGUAUUUUGUAACUGUUCCUUCAGUUUAUAGUGAUUAUUUAUGCACACGACCAGUCUGUCAAGUGAAUGUGUCCAACCGUGUACAGAAAAGGGAUUAUAGCAAGCAACUCUGUACCCUUUGAAGGGUGCUCUUUAAAGCCACUGUUUUCUAUUUAAAUCUCCCAAAUGCUGGGCAUAGUCAACAAGUCGAUGCUUAUAGAUAUUUAAGCCUCUUGUAUUAUCUAUUGUUUAUUAUUGUUACUAUUUUUUUUUAAGACAAA